AUGGUUAAAGUUCUAGUAUUUGGAGCUACAGGGUUUAUAGGAUUUUCCGUGGCUCAAGCAUUAGCUCGUUCGGGACAUGAAACAUUUGGGUUAUAUCGUAAAGUCGAAAAAACAAAAGAACUAGCUAAAAAUGAAAUUUUCCCCGUACUUGGAGAUACAAAUGAUGUCUCAACAUGGAUUCCAACAGCAAUACAAGCUGACGUGAUAAUUGAUGCUACAUCACCAUCCAACGAACCAACAAAACAUGCAAAAAUUAUAUUAGAUGCAGUAAUAGAAAUUGGUAAAAAAAGAUUGGAAAAUAAUGAACCAGCAUUAACAUUUAUUUAUACUUCAGGAUUAUGGAUAUAUGGAGGGCUUCCAUAUGAUAUAAAAUAUGAGUCAACACCAUUGAAUACAGAUGUAAAAUUAGAACUCUGGAGACCAUCGAUGGAACAAGCCAUAGUUGAAUCAAAAUUUAUUAACGGUAUAAUAAUUAGACCUGGAGGCGUCUAUGGUAAAAGUGGUAGUUUAACAGCAUUAUGGUUCGAAGAUGCAAUUAAAGGAGAAUUGUGCGGUAUUGGUUCAAAAGAUGUUAGAUGGAGUUUAGUACAUGUUGAUGAUUUGGCCGAUUCUUAUGUAAGAGCUGUAGAAAGAGCUGAAUUAAUUAAAGGCCAAAAAUUUAUUAUUGUAAAUAAUCAAUCAGAAUCGAUAGGUGAUAUGUUUGAUGCUAUUGCUAGAAUAACCCAAUACAAAGGAGAAGUUAAGUAUAAAAGUCCUACAAAUGAAUUUGAAGAAGCAAUGGCAAGUACAGGAAUUUUUUCAAAUAAAAAGGCCCAAGCAAUACUUGGAUGGAAACAACGUCAAUUAGGGUUUGUUGACGGAAUUAACACUUGGUGGAAUAGUUAUAAAGCAUAUACUCAAUGA